AUGGAGCAAAGACAGCAGCAGAAUCAGAACCAGUACAGAAGACACACGAGAUCGCGUUCUAAGUCUGUCAUUUCCGAGGACUCGCAGCCAUCCGUCAAAGAGAGCCAUUUAAUUCUGUCUACCCAGAACAGGCAGCCCUCCGAAUCCGAUCUCAGCGACAGCUACGACUAUCAGCCCGAAGACCAGAUCGUCAGAGAUCUCGAGCAGCGCGAUCAGCAGCGCAAGAAGAAAGGUCAGUGGUUGGCUGAUAAACUUCCCCAAUACUCGCCCUCUGAUAAUUCAAUCACCCCGAGCUCGAAUAAGGAAAACGCUCAGACCCCUUUAGGCUCGAACAACUCCCAAUCAAAGUCGUUUCAGGGGCCAGAUAGUGUUUUGGGUAAGAGGGUUAGAAGGCGUUCGCGCCAUUUGGAUAAUGAUCAAGACCAAGACGACGAGGAAGAAGACUUCUACCAACCUCGUGAAGAAGACAGCGGCGACGAUCACAUUCUCUCAGACGAAGGCAAAGACAGAUCCAAGAAAUGGCCCAAGUCUCGUCUGCAAUUUAAAACCGUCGUCGAUGGCAAAUCAAACAAAAGAAAAAAGUCGAGGAAGUCUAGAGGCUCAAAUGCUUCAGAUGUCGCGAGCGAAAUAUCUCUAGACUAUAGAGAAUCGAGCGCUUCGAAUGACCAUAAACCUUCCGAAUCGCUAGACGAUCAAUCUGUUUCUGUGCAGGAUGAUUACAGUGUAGAUAUUCUCCCACCAGACGACAAUUUUAGCGCCCCUCCUCCUCCUCCUCCGCCAGCGCCAAAACCAACUCAGCUUCCGAAAUCUUUAAAAGCGACUGAACCUCUUCGUGCCCCUGCGAUGCCGCCUCCUCCACUACCAAAAGCUGCUUCACCAAAGAAGCAGCCUACUCGCAGACUAGCCUCACCUCCAAAAUCUAAUAUACCACCACAUACACCGAAGAAAUCACUGCUACAAAUUCUCGCGCUUACAGCUUACGUCCCUGUAGUAGCUGCUAAAAUAUUCGCCAAAAACAUAACCAACCACAAGAAAUCGGUCGGUGUACUGCUCCUAGCAGCUGCAUUGAUUGUGGUGUCUAGAUCUAGCGAUGCUUCUAUAUCCAACUACAUACCCAGUGUCAAUCUAGGCGGCUCUUCGGAACCAAUCGACGUCUCAGUCAAAGACUUCCAGAAGCUGUCGAGAGGUACCCAGAACCUGCAGCAUAUGAUUGAGACCUUGAACAAAGAUAUGCAGCAGGUGAAGACGCGCGUCAAAUAUGGCGAGGAUGCCCAUGUGCAGAUGCAAUCGAUACAAAACAAACUUGACGACAUCACCAAUACCCAAUUAACUGAGUUGCAAGUCAGCAGGAUCGUUGAGAAGCUCCUGCCUCACAGAUUGCUUGUGAGAAAGUCACCAACAGGGGAAGCAAUAAUCGACGAUGCAUUUUGGAAGGCUCUAAGGAGCGUGUUUGAAACCCAAAACACCAUCUCGAAUCCGAACUGGGAUGAGUUCAUCCGUGAAAACUCCGAUAAGCUCAAACAAUGGUUAUAUAGCGAAGGUGGCGUGGAUGAGCAGGUAGUGAAUAAAUUAGAGUUUAUGAAUUUAGUGGAUGAACGUGUCAGAUCUUUUGUUAGCAACGCGUCAUCCAAGAAGAGCGGUUUGAAUUCAUGGUUCAGGGGUGGAGGAUCGAUGCCAUCUUCCGAAGAGCUGCAAAACACGGUCAGCGAUAUUGUCGAAUCCUCCUUGCGGCGCUACAGUGCAGAUACCAUUGGUAAAACUGAUUAUGCACUCUUUACAGCUGGUGCCAGAGUGAUACCGUCUCAAACAUCACCAACGUACUCAAUUACGCCUGUGAGCUUUGUGAGGAAAGUGUUGGGUAAGAUGCUCGGCAGUGGUACCAGAGCGUAUGGUCGUCCACCUGUCACUGCUCUUCAUCCAGACACCAAUGUUGGAAUGUGCUGGUCGUUCCAUGGCUCAGCUGGAGCGAUAGGUGUCAAGCUGGCAAGACCGGCUGUACCCAUUUCUGGAUACACAAUUGACCACGCGUCUCCUUUGCUCGUUCAAGAUCGCUCGUCGGCGCCACAAACAGUCGAAUUGUGGGGAAUAUCCGAUGACCAGAAUCAGAUUGAGAAAAUCAAGGAAAUCAACGAAGAGGUUAUCGAGGAAAUCAGUCGGGAGUAUUCUGUUAAUGAAGCUGCACCAGCUGGAAACUCAGCUUUGCUUGCUGUCGACACGUACGACCUCAACAAACAUCACAUACAAACGUUCGAAGUUAGAAAUAUUGUCAAAGAAAUGGACUUCCGCGCUGAUGCUGUUGUUUUGAGAGUUAAUGAUAAUCACGGUAAUAAGCAUCAUACGUGUUUAUAUCGCUUAAGAGUUCAUUCUACUGAUGACGGAAGAAGUGUAUUAGACGAUGAUAACAUCGAUCAGUCGUAA